AUCUUUCGUCCAGUCUGCCCAGCACCGUCGCUGGCGCUUGCAGGGUCGUCCCGACUGCGUUUCCUGCACUGCCUGUCCUGCUCUGACCAACGCCACUCAUCCAUCGCUCCCCGCUGCGUCGCAGUGCAUCGACACCAGCGCACGCUUCUCCAUCCGUUGCCGCCGCCGCUGCUGCGACAACCAGCCUCGUCCUGCGGCUUUUCGACCAUAUCUCCCGUCCUACGAGGGCGUCUUGAUCUCUGGCUAUGCUUGACUCUGGGCCCUUUGUCGGUCCAUCGCCCCGGCGUGGGCUCCUGCCUGUGGUCUGGUUGAUCCUCGGGCUCGCCUGUGCGCCUCUGUUCGUCCGCGCCGCCUUCCUCGUCCCGCAAAUCGACAAUGCAACGAUUGUCCUCCACAGCAACUCUACCACACUUUUGCCCAUCGACUGGGUCCCGUCGGUGCUUGGCAUCGACUUGUGGAAUACCCCGGGCAACGAUACCAACGAAGGAUUCUGCUGCAUCAUCGAGGGUGCUGGCAAACAGGGCGCUCUCGGCUGCGGGCCCAUACCUUCAGCCCCAACGACGUUGCUCUUUCCCGUGAACGUUCCGGACAACUUCACCGCUCUGGAUGUCGAAUAUAUCCUCAGGAUCUGCGAUGUCCGUGGCAGCUACUGCCCAAUCUCCAAGACGGUCCAGUUACUGCCGCCGCUGCCAACCACCACUGCCGCCACCAAGACCUCAAGCUCCGCUUCGUCCACAUUGACGAGCUCGUCGGCCGCUGCCACUUCAGCGACUGUAUCCGUGGCCCCAUCGCCAAACCAACUCAACGAUCAAAACAAUGUGAUGGACAAUCCAGCCAUGGUGCCACUAUUGGUCAGUGCUGGAUCCCUUGCCAUCCUUGCCCUCGGGGCCGGCAUAUUCUGUUGCCUCAGCCGGGACGUGAUUCGGUACAAUCCACUCAAGCGCAGCGGCAAGUCUAGUCCGCCGGAUGACAACUGGACACCGCUCAUCAAGACUGGAUCGACAUCAACCGAGGGCAAUGCCUCGGUCGACAGGAGCACCACUUUCCAUCGGCUUGACCAGUUCAUCGAUCCCAGAGAAGUCUUUUCCAUGAAGGCCCCAAGCACCAACCCGGUGUCCUCCUCCCGCGAGAUCGAGGCCCCGCCCAUCCCCGUGACGGGACCGUCUUCGGUCGUGGACAGGGGCUCCACCGUCGAUGCGGCAAGCACCAGCGUUGCCCGCGACCUUUCGGCGGUCAGCGACUCCAAGCGCGGAAGCUUCUUGACAAAUCUCCACCACAACCGCCAAUUGACAAAGAAGCUCCAUAACGUCUCGUCCGAUUCUAAUGCGGCCGCGGCGCCUGCCCACCCAGGCUCGCAAGCCUCUCAGCGCGCAGAGUCGAGACUAAGCCGAGCAAGUCUGGACACGAUGAGCCUCUCGGACUACCAGAUGGAUAUGAUGUGGCUUACUCGGUCCGCCGAUACACAGCGCGAUAUCCGCCGGGUCCUCAUGGACCGCCCAGCCCAGUUCGAUGCGGACGAAAUGUCCAUCCACGAGAAUGAAAAGGUGAAUAUCGUCUUCCCUGUCCAAGGCGACGACGGUUGGGUAGUGGUUUCAUCCUUGGACGGCCGCCGCCGCGGUAAAGUGCCCAUCGGCUAUCUCUCCCGGACGUCCGAGCCCGACGAUGAAGACUUGGCUGGCGCCGGGCCAUCUGAGGUUCAUGAACCCGUGUCCAGGUGCGACUCAACGUUUUCCAAUGCGUCGUCGAUCCUGGCUCCGGUCGCAUCCUUUUGGCGCCAGAUGGACGGUUCAGCGGACUGGCAGCCCGGGCCUGUAUCUCCCAACAGACGCCAAACGACGGGACCUGCUCCCGCCAAUGUGUCCGCCAUCAACCCAGUUGCUUCUCUGCCUCUCCACACAUCAAGCACUGUCCAAGGCGUGCUUGAUCAUCAGUCGCCGGGCAGCGAUAAGCUCAAGAUCCUCCAGCGCUCAGGCGAUCGAUGGAUUGAUGCCACUGUGUCCGCGUCACAGCCGACGAGCCUGGCGGCAAUCGAUGUCGACCUGGAUAGACGGGGACCUACCGCAGAUAUCCUUAGCUUCUCUGGCGCCCCGAUGCGGCCAUCUGGGUCUGUAUCAACGCUCGUCAACCCCAGCGAUCAAGUGCUGCCCUUUGCGUCAAGUCCAGGAGCGUCACCGAGCGUUCCGGCUCACAACCUCCACUUUCGAUCAGGAGUGACGUCGCUCUCUGGGGAUGCAGAUUCACCGGAGGCACCCGGGCUUGUGCUGAGUGUCCUGCGGGCACCAUCUGCACGGAGCAGCCUGUUUGGUCCGAAUGGUCGCGACUCGCCACCUAUUCCCCCACUUUCGAGCAAGCCUCAGCGGGUAGUGCCGCAGGAAGAGCCUUCGCAGCCCCCAGCCCGCCUCAGCAACAUUAUUCAGCCUGAUGUGCGCCGAGUGGCGAUGGGAUACCAAGCCACCUCCGCGUACGAGCUGACAGUCUAUGUGGGCGAAGAUGUCGUUGUGGAAUCUGAAUUCGAGGAUGGCUGGGCAUCAGUCGAGUCGCCGCACGGCCAGGGCAAAGUUCCUCUCGCCUGUCUAGCUUCCGGGACCACGGUAAAUAACCCUGUUGUACACUCAAGCAUCGUCGGCCAAACAGCGUCGCUCGUUGCUAUUGCCGCGCCUGCACAGACCGCUGGAGACUCCCUUGCUCCCGGGGUGACCGCAGUCCCUGCUGAAGACCAACCGCGCGUGCAUGCCAGCGAUGCUGCUCCGACGACCGCUCUUGUGUUUGGCGAACUCGGCCCCGAGGUGUCAACCUCUACCACAAGCUCCAACACGGCUCUGCCAACGACUGUCGCUGCGGAACUGCCCAAGACUGACAACCCUGUGGCUGGAUCAUCUGCCGGGCAAGGCAAGGCGAGGGCCGAAGCCGAAGGCGGUGCCAGGGAUGAGACCGACAACGAAUCCAUCUUCUCGUACUCGAUGGAGGAGUCGUCCACGCACGUGGUUCCGACAUUGCCCAAGGACGCCAGAUUCAACCUGAACCUGGCCAGUAUCAUCAAGGAGCAUGUUGCAACCAACCCGGACGAGCUGACGGUGGCGGUUGGCGAGCAUAUCGAGCUCAUCGAGAUGAAGGAGCGCUACGUACUUGCCGACUCUCGACAUCAGGGCCGGCGCGGAUGGGUCCCCAUCGACUGCAUCGGCUAUGACUUUGGCGACUCGAUCCCGCGGCCGACGACCAACAGCUCGAUUGCGCCUUCAGUUGUGUUUUCAACAGCACCGACCCUCUCCAAGCUGUCGACUCUUUCGCACACCCUUUCAGACGCAACGUCUCCGCCUGAGUGUCGCCUCCCCAGCUUCCGGUCCUCGGAUACUCAUAAUGGACACUUCCCAUCCAACAGCCGCUCGAUCAAUCUGUCGGACGGAUUUGAGUGAAGUGUUGGUGCCAUGCCCUCAGCGCAUGUGUGUCUCUUACCGUCAAGUUGCAGCCGCGAUCAACAGCAUCGACUGGCCGGUCACUGAAUUGGUCGGUCCGUUGUUCAACUUGAAGCAUUGUCCCAGGCACUCUGAGGACAGAGCUACA